AUGGUUCAAACUUACUGUUUUCCUGAAGGUCAUCCUGAGGGCCGUGGUGACAUGAAUCUUUCAUCAAGAUUCAAUACUGAAAAUCCACCAUUUGUAGAUCUUACCGAUGUAGCUGCAGUUCUUGGAGGAUCUAAUCGAUCUGACAUAUACGCAGUUGAAUCUAUCAACGAUCAAUUUAUUUACAUUUAUAGAACUGCUCCUAAAAUAUGGAUGAAACUUGAACAAGGAGUUAAAGGAAUUCAACCUUCAAGACGUAAAUCAACUUCAACAGUAAUCAAACCUAAUGGAACAAUAUAUAUAUUUGGCGGGAGAAUAGAAAAAGAUAUGGGAUCAGAUACACUUAUUUUAUAUAAUGAGUUAUAUGAAUUUGAUACAAUAUUAUU